UGUUUGAGGAGUGUCGCAGACAUGCAGGAGGGAACGCGGACCUGAGUUCCGACUGCGGAGUGACUGUUAUUUGUGCGGUUGGACUGAAGAAAGAGGAAUUGGGUCAGCAGAAAACGAGGAAAAAGAUCACGGAGCACGGCGUGUUCGACGACCGAGGUAGCGAGAGAGCGGCAACUGCGGCAAGAGCGAAGGAAGUCGCGAGAGCAUACGGACGAGGAAGACACGUAACGGUGCGCGUUCGUUUCACGGACGGACCUCGCCCACGACGAGAGGGAUCGAUUUCCCCUCUCUCGAGAGUUUCGGCGUGGAGGCGUGCGGGAAACGCGACGGCGAGGCCAACCCAGGUCAGGGCGAACCGAUUAUCAAUCUGGUAGCCCCCGUGUGGAUUGAGGCAAACAAACACAACGACCCGUCCGCCAUUUUGGAUAGGAGUCGUUAUUGUCGCGUCCGAGCGAGCGAGACGCCGCGCCGCUUUUCCGUAUCGGCGGAGUAGAAGGCAGGAGGAAGGAUACGAGCUAAGGGUGGCUAACGGUCACCGGAUGUGGUCGAAUUUGCGGGGAACGCGCACUGGGAGGACCGCGAGAGAAGAGGAGCUUGAGGCGAGGUAGCAUCGCGCUAACAGGUCCCUGGAAUACCCCACCGCACUUAUCCCACCGCGUCGUCACCGUCGCCGUCCCCACCAUCGCUCUGCCCUGGAUACCGUGAUUAUUGCGCAGUUGGAAAAAUUGUUCAACGGGGACGCGGGACGUCGUUCACGAGAGGCGAUCCGCCAAUAUUUACCGGCCGACAAAUUGGCUGACGAGGAGAUAUUGCAAACUGAAAGAGAAAAAAACAGACAAACAUCCGAGCCAUGACGAACUCCGCGCCCAAGUUAGACAACGCCAAGGUGGAUCGGCAGGCCUCGCCGAAGGUCGGGUAUCAGCCCCAGCACAACUUCUAUCAGAAUCGUUCCAACAGUAAAUCAUCGCCGUUUCUGUACAAAAACGGCCGCCACGCGGUCAGAAACGCUAAAGACGGACGGCAGAGCUGCAGCCCGUACAGCUCGUCGUCCAAGAGCGCAAGGAACUCGCCGCAACAGCAGCAGCAGCAGCAGCAGCAGCAGCAGCAAUCACCACAACUGCAGCAAUCGCCACAACAGCAGCAAUCACCGCAACAGCAGCAGCAACGUUGCGAGCAGCGCAGUCCGAGCAGCAGCCCGACCAACAACUUCUACGCGGGCGCCAAGUUCUCGGAAACGCCGUCGCCCGCGAGCGUGCCUAAGCCGCCAAGUCGUUGGACGAGCAGCAGACUGAUGAGCAGCUGCCGCCAGUCAGACAAAGCAUGCGAGUACACGAGGCAACUGCGCAUAGUGCUGAACGUCCAGGCCUGAUGCCCGAAGACCAAUGCAUACACCAGCGACGCGCGAGGGGAGAGAUGGCGACCGUCAGCAGCUCCUAGAGAAUCAGGUAUGAUAGGGAGUCAUCGUCGGUAAAAAAAAAAUCAUCGGCCAAGAAGAUUACGAGAGUGAGAAGAGACGAUGAUACGGACGACGAUGAUGUGAAUGAAUGUGAAGAUUAUUAUUAUGACGAUGGCGAUGAUGGUGAUACCGUGUGCGGUCCACAUACACACGGGUUUUCGAUUUUAUCGCGCGAGUGGAUAACCCGUAAUCCGUUCUUUACGCUAUAAGAUAUACAUCCAGCAUACAAACUUUAAACCUUAACACAGAAAGACUAUGCACCGCGGGGGAUUUACGACGCGGUGCAUCGGUGCAUCGGUGCGUCCCGAUGCCGCGAUCGAUGUGUGCACGCGAGAGAUACAUUAUAUAUGUAUAUAUAUGCGUUCUGGAACUCCCAUCACGCGCCAUCAUUGUGACAAAAUGUAAGUAAUACUGUAUUUUAGAUUAUCGUAUACCGCUAAACUUACAAAAGGAACACAAGGAGAGCCCCACGUACAUAUACAUAUAUUAUCUAAUAACAUCCGAACACACACAGAAAGAGAGAAAAGUACAGAGUACAUUCUCAGUCUGACGAGACGACAAGCGCGGACGAGCGAAGCUGCGCUUCGCGAUUUUUGUCAAACGAUGGACUUCAAUAUCGUCGCGUUGAAGGAAAAAAAAAGAGGGACGAAAAAAGAAAUUGAGCAUCCGACGAUUUUUCGCGGCCGCUCUUUCCAAAGCGACUUUCGGAGGCUAGCGCCGAGACAGCCGGGGUUUGAGUAACGCACGUUUUUAUUAUCCCCUCGUGCUCUCUAACCGUUGACAUCAGAGAUGAACGGCGACGCCGUACGGAGAUGCUGGACAAACCGUUUGUUUAAUAGCCACCCGACUAAUCGUCAGUAUGCUUCUUUAUUAACAGUUUCUUUCGCGAGCUCUUUAUCACUCUGGUGGUAGUUUGGAUUGUGAAGAGACAUGGACAGGAGAUUUGUUUCACGCAACUCUUUUUUUUAUUUCUGUUUACCUUUUUUUGUUGGAGAUAUUUUUAUUUUCUUACUAUUCUGCUACUCUCUGCUAUUCAUUAAUUCUUUACGUGAGAUAAGUAUAAGAGAUGUAAGUUUUGAGUUUUGUAGUGCGUGUUACACGAGUGGGUUAAUUGAACGUGACCGACAUGAGGGGAAGGAAGGAAGGAGAUCGGGAGAAGAAAAUCUGAAUGAGAGGCGAGGAUCGAAUGAAUGCUUUUGUUCGUGUGGAUGCUUCGCGGAUACGUUGUGAUACUUUCAUAACGUUUGCGGGAAACUCACAUUUCGAUCACACUUCUCAUGCUCUCGGUUUUCGGCGGAUAUUUCAACAAAAUCAUUAAAUGAAUUGCAUGUGACGUAAAUUUAAGAUUCAUUUUUACGAUAUAGCAGGAAAAAGUAGAGACAGGUGGAGAUUUGGCGGGUUUGUCCAUUGCAAACGGAAUGAUCAAACGUCUUUCUCAUUUAUAAAUACAUCAUAAAUAUCUCCCUCUCAUUUCUAAUCUCGAUUCAUAACAGUUGCAAGCAUUGCUCAUUGAUUGUCGCGACGAUUGUUAUUGUACAUUUGAAAAGUUCAAUUAUUAACGUACUCUGAUGCUUUACUUAGACGCGAAUAUCAAGGAGAAAAUUUUUAAGAGGGAAGAGAAUAUUAGCGUCGCGCAAUUGGUCUGAUUAUCCUGAUUAGCUAACGCGAGACUAGCGAUUGUCUGUCCCUUCUUAGAACGCAGUCGUAACAGAGAGAAAGACAGGAUAAGGACAUUUGAAAGGGCAAUACGCGGUUGCGUCCCUAAUGGGGAGACCAACAAGUAGAUUUAAAAGCAGGAAUAAUAGUUAACGGUAAUGGAUGUUAACUCGACCCGUCCUUAAAGAGUUGUCCUUCGUGCGAGUUUCUGGGUCUUUUUUUUAUGCUGACAGGUAUAGGAAGAUGGGCGUUCGAAACUUUUUCGUUGUGUUACAAUGCUUUACGGGCGCAAUUGUCAUAUCAAACUCGCACUUCUAUCUAUAUACUGGACACAUAAAUGGAAUUACUCUAUAGUAUAAUAACGAUAAUAAUAUUUAAGGGUAAAUAUAUAAAUAACAAUGGUAGUAGUAAGCUAAGGCCUUAACAAUAUAAUAGCGUGGAGAAUACGAUCGAUUUGACGUUGCACAAUCAAAUCGAUAGUGUGGUUUAGAUUUUCAAAAAAUUUGUGUGUUAUCUUUGUGUUUUUUUUCUUUUUUUUUCUUCUAAGACAAAAUUAUUUCAAGCCAUAGACUGAACAAAAUUCUUUGACUUAGUGUUUUAAUUAAUGUUUAGUUUCUUUGUUUUUUUUUCUUUUUAAGUUUCUUGAUACCUUGCAAAUGAUCCAUUGCAAUAUCUAUGUCCAUUUUUCUCUUUUUACGUCAAUUGCUUUCUUCGGUAGGUGAUUAAUCUUAGGUGAGAACAAGUUUUGCGAGUGUGAUUGUGGGACGCGCGAAUGAGUUAGAAAAGAACGCAAAAUCGAUAGAGAGUCUGAUAUCAAAACGCGCAAUUUCGAUUUUUUCGAUUGCUCGCUCGGUAUUUAUAGUUUUGUAAGGUGAAAUUCUCGAAUCUAUUGCAACAUGCAACAGCCAAUCUCGGCUGAUUUGAUCUACCACGUUUGAAAAUUAUCGAAGGAAAAUUAUUCUAAUGGAGACAGUGUGGGUGUUUAUCGUUAACUCAACGUGCGCGAGACAUUUCUUUUUUUCCAUCUAUCGGCGUCGUGCGCGGCCAGGCUUAAAGAGAGAGAAAGAGGAAAUCGAUAAUCCCGGGAUAAAUACGCGCGAAGGAGAGAGUUUGGUAACUCGUUUUCCGUUCGCCCUCGCAGUUCAACUUACGUGCGUAAGGAUUACGAAUGAUUAUCACAGCCCAGCGAUUUUUGUUUGUUUUUUUUUAUACGCUCGAUGUUAUACGCAUUUUCACGUUUGAAACUUAAUUUGCUCGCCGUUCGCGGUGAUAACGAAUGCGUAUACGUGUCCUGACACGAGAAUCGGUAAAGUAUAACGGAACGAUUGCGCCAGAGUCUCAUUUUACGUGACGGUACAAGGAGCUGAAACGAAUUAAAUUGCAGAGUAGAGUGCAAAUUGUUUUGCAUCGUAUAUAUUGCCUUUUCUUUUUUUUUUCUUUUUUUUAUUUUUUUUUUUUAUUUUUUGAUCAUUCUUCCGCGGGCUGGGCAACAACAUACGGAACGAUACCGACUAAUAUCUUGGGGGUCCAAGACAUUAUUCCAGUAUUGCUCCACGUGUUGUUGACAAACUUGUGUUUGUAUCUUGAGACCGCCUUUUGAGUAACGUGUGUCGUAUUUGAACGUGGAUCUUUAAUAGAGGCGGUUUCAAAGAGACUGGUGUGUACUACGUUGCACCAUCUCGCUCUGAAUUGAAUAAAAAUUUGACGAGCCAAUUUUUAUCGAAGCUCUCUCAGCUAGGAACUUAUUAAUACGUAAGUUUUCAAUCAGAUUGGAUCGAUUCUAAUACGUAUUCACUUGCUUGCAUAGAGCCUCCGGAUUUGAUUUGAUUUGCGACAGACAAAUCAGCUCCUUGUUACACAGAACCGUCAAUAUCGCAUUUUAUUUAUAAAUGCUUCUCGAAUAUUUUACAUUGCUUUUCAAUGAAGCAUUCGUAUUGCAAUAUUAUUUUAAGCGCCAUAUAUCGAUGAAUUCGUGCCCCCCUCCCUUUUUUUUAAGCAUUUAUUUUUUUUUAUACGCUGAUCGUUAUUUUUCAUAGGCGCAUCUUCAUUGCCGCUUUCCAUACACGCGAAUGGUAGCAGUUUUAACGGAGCCGGCGAGUCGGUUUAGCCCGAUCGUUUCUGUGAACGACUUCGAAAUGACGCAGCGACGUCUCGAGGCAUCGCGAACCGUUCAAUCGCAAGAGAGUCUUCGAAGCCAGUCACGAUAGCUAGGUCCGAAAGCUUUCUGUCUCGACGGUGCACGGGUUCAGAGUCGGAUAAAUCCUGUCUCAGAACCUCGCGGUAGAUCCCUGGGGCGAGAAGGAAACGAAUUAAACACUGCCGUCCGGUGAGAGGGGGGAAGAGGGAGAUGUGGAGCAAAUUGAAAAACGUCGGGCGCAUCAGUUGUCGCGAAGACGCGCGCGCCGAUCAGCCACGCGAUCCCGGAAUUACGAUGUUGUAAAUAUCAGCUGCGUGAACGAAACCUGUAGCUUCGAUCGUAAAGGGGGAGGGAAAGGCAGUGUCCUUCUAUCCCACGUUCGCGAAUCGAACAGGGCACAAACGCAGGACUCGUCUCGUCCUUGCUCCCCCAGAGAUUCCAGGAGCGCGUCGCUGGCGUGAACACGAACAUUUCUUGUGUGAGAGAGAGAGAGAGUCAUGUGUAAAAAUCGCGAUUUUUUUCGGAGGACGGUGAUGGGCGCCAGGCUCGAAAUUUUCCUCGUCGAUCUUUUUUACGGCGCGAACGUACAUACAACCGACAGAAAAAAAAA